AUGUCGCCGCCAAUCGAUUUACUCGAGUUCGACGUAUGGGAGACGCUGGACGAGGAGUCGAUACAGUUGGCUCAAGAUUUUUGGGCUCCACUACAAUUUGACAAUGAAAGAUUCGACUUGGGCCCGCUUGGGGAUACAACAAACCUUCAGCCGGAAAUGACUGAGGUCGACUGGAGGGUGCCUGAGAAUCACGAGGAGCACAAGGAUAAUAUAAUGCACCACGAUUGUAUGUGGGCGGGUUUAUGCGUGGACUCUGAGCAUCCGACCAAUACGUUCGUGCCGUCGGAUUGGAUGACUGCGUCGCCCGGUCAGAGCCUUCUGCGUCGGGACACAUGGCCGGUGCGGCUGGAGACGCCUAGGCCGGAGACCCCGCCAUCUAUAGAUGGUGACGAACAUCCGCAGUUCCGACACGCAGUGGACGUAGCCGGGACCGCUCUCCGCCUGCUCAGAGACUCUGCUGCCGUAGCCGCUGACCACACCUACACUUUUCAUACUACACUCGCUCAACAGCACUUCUACUCCCUCGGCGUUCAGACACCCUCUGACUCGGGUGAAUCAGAAGAGGAAAUCGAUGUGGUGUCUCUCGGGACAUCCCAACAACCACUGGCUACCACGUCACAUAUGCGCCCGGAACCCGUACAUCAGCGACCGUCCAUCCAGGAACGGCAUCACAUCCAACGAAAUGGCGAGAUCACUACUGUAAGACCACAGGUCGGGAGAAAGCGCUUAGUACCGCCCUCAAGUAUACCAAAAGCUUCGGUACCACGCAGACGAAGAGGUCCUGCCAGGCGAGGACGCUCCAACACUGAGACAGAUUCGGAAGCCGAAUCCCCUGAUAUCGAGCGCCGUUCGAUCCACAAUGAUAUGGAACGUUUAAGACGUAUUGGCCUCAAAAAUCUUUUUGACGAGCUGAAGAAGCAAAUCCCUGCAACGAGAGACAAGGAACGUGCGCCUAAAGUCAAGAUACUGCAGGAGGCCGCCGCCCUCUGCCGCAAGCUAAGAGAGGAGGAACUCGAGAGGGAACGCCUCAAGAAGCAACAAUGCAAAUUGGCGACCAAGCUGAAAAAGUUACGCAUAACGUUAUCCUCACGCUAUCGUGCUCAGCGUUCGUUCUGA